AAAGCAGUCUUGAACCGUGAUUUUCUUCAAAGUUACUGCAAGAAUUGCUGUUUAAGCUAUUCAAUGAGCAUCUUUUCGUUUCUUUUUUUGUCCCCGUUAUUUACGAGGCAACAACUAUCAAAUCAGUUGAUCCCAUAUGCUGGUCAUGAGCUUUACUGAAGAUGAAAUUGCCACUCCAAUCCCUUCAUCAAGUUGAUUUUCUUACAAGGGAAAUCCUCUUCACACAUGAUCCCGAUAAUCGUUGGCUCGAUUCUCAUCUCCUGUUGAACCUAGUCGAGAGAGUUUUCUGUUGUACUUCAGACAAUGUUUCUGAUCCACCACAACUUGAUGCAACUCGUAUUAGUGAAAUUGAUCUGAUUGGAUUAUCAGACGAGCCAAUCUCACUCAUCAUCUACAAGAUCUCAAACGAGAUCUUUAGCCUACGGUUUGAGGACGAAAAUCUGCACAGAAAAACGAUUUUCUUGCUCGAAAUUCUGAGUCAUUAUAAGUGGGAUGCGAAACUUGUCUUAGCUCUCGCAUCUUUCGCAACCAAGUUCGGAGUAUUUUGGCUCGUUUUGCUGUUACAAUCCGAAAACGCAUUGGCAGAUUCACUUGCAAUAGUUAAACGGCUCCCGAAGUCUAUCGACGUGUUAAAACCCAAAUUCAAAGCGUUGAACUCUUUGGUUAAUUCUAUGUUGAAUCUGACGAAACUUGUAAUAAGAUUCGAAGUAAUGUACGUACAUCACGAACUUGCGGAUAAUAAUGCUAUGGAUAUCACUAAGUCCAAGAUCUACGUGGCGACCUACUGGAUAUUCAGAAGCGUAUUGGUUAGCUCUUCACAAAUUACGGAUUUACGAAACUCGAGACUUGAGCAAGUGUAUUCGGACAAGACGGUUAUUGCAGCAUGGGAGCUUCUUAGUCUAGGAAAGAAGUUGAACAGUUUGUCCCGUGAUCUUGGAGAAUGCGUCGAUCAAUGCCAACACCAAAUAGAGACAAGGUUAUACGAAAAGCUGCUACGUAUGUUUAAGGAAGACGAAGUCGAUAACCAAAACGCGUUAAGGAUUUUAUUAGCCUCGGAAAACGAGUUCCCUUUGAAGAACCCUUCUUCAGGAGAGAAGGUGAGUUUUCAAAGAUUAUUACAUGAGUUUUAAUUAUUAUUAUUAUUACAAGACCUCUCAAAAUUAUUACAUCUUUGUGUUAUCGAAAAACAGAGUGGAGUUCUUGAUCUGAAAAAUAAAGUAGUUAUACUUUUGAUCUCGAAGCCGGAGCUUCUACCUAUAGACAAGAUAUUUUUGCUGGUUCAACACAUGACAAGAAACGAGGGAAGCUACGAAAUAGUAUGGCUUCCGAUGUAUAGUAAAUGGAGCGUUGAUGACGUGGCGAGUUUCGAGUUUUUAUCUAGUCGGUUGCCAUGGUUAUUUAUUAGAAGGCCGUGGUCGAUAAAUCCAACUGUAGUAAACUACAUCAAACAAGAAUGGGGGUUUAAGGAAGAUCCUAUGAUGGUUGUCCUAAACGAAAAGGGCGUGGUUGUAAAUUCAAAUGCAAUGGAUAUGGUGUGGAUUUGGGGGAAGAAGGCAUUUCCGUUUUCGAGUUCGAGAGAAAAAGAGCUACGGGAGAACGAAAAUUGGACAUUAAAUUUCAUGAUUAAUGGGAUCGAUUCUUUAUCGUCCGAAUUGGGGGAGGAAGGCAAGAAUAUCUGCAUUUACGGAAGCGAUAAUUUGGAGUGGAUAAGGGAAUUUAAUUCCAAAACGAAGAAGAUAAAGAGUACUAUAGUAGGGAAUAUUCAGUUUGAAGCAAUAUACGUUGGCUGCAAAAAUCCCGGCGAAAACGUGAAAGACAUUAUCGAGACCGUUUCUCAAGAAAAUCUAAGCGCUACUUUGACUUUCGAUAAGGUGCGUUUGUUCUGGUUCCGAUUGGAGGCGAUAAAAAGAUGUAAUUUUUCGGGUAAAAUUGGUGAUGAAGUUGCAAAGUUGCUAGACUCGAAUAGCAACUUUGGUUGGGCUGUGAUCGGUAGAGGGUCUUUUUCAACGGAUGUGAUGAAACUCGAUCGAGAAAGAGUCGAAGAAUGGUUCGAUAAGUUUCCAUUAUGGUGCAAAAAUGUCGAAGAAACGGGCUUAGUUGAGCCUCCUUUAGAUGGUGGAAAAUGCAAUUAUCAUGAGUUGGUUGCUUAUGAAGAAGGAUCGAUCGAGAAAAUAAUGAUUUGUGGUUCUUGCAAACGGCCUAUCGAUAAAUUUGUUGUCUACAAAUGUGACGAAUAAAUCGGUUUUCUUUUUUUAUUUAUUAUUAUUUUAACGACUUUUUGUGACGCAAAUAAGUAGAUAGAACGAGUACAAGACUACGAUCGUUGUAUCAUUUAUUUAUUAUUAUUAAUUUUCUUUUUGAGAGCUAAUUGGGAGUAUUUGUAAAUUGUAAGGUGAAAAUAAGGUAUAUGCUAUAAAAACCGGAUUUUUUUUUCUUUUCA